AUGUCCCGCUCGGCGCUGACGCGCCACGCGCUGCAGAAGUCCCUGCGCGGGCAGAGCGCGCAGGACCAGCCGCCAGAGGAGACCCAGCGCCGCGUCAAGCAGGACGAGCUGCCCAUCUACGGCAACGACUCGACGUACAACCUGAACACGCUGCUGCACCAGAACAUCCUGCAGUCCGCCUACUUCCACGAGCUCUACAAGCUGCGCACAUACCACGAGGUCGUGGACGAGAUCUACUACCGAGUGGACCUUGCCGAGCCCUGGUCGCCAGGCACCGCGCGCAUCCCGUCGAGCUGCUUCUGUCUGCUGCACAAGUUCUUCCUCAUGCGCCUCACGCGCAAGCAGAUGCAGGGCCUGCUGCGUCACACGGACUCACCGUACAUCCGCGUGGUUGGCUUCCUGUAUCUGCGCUUCACGUGCGACCCUGAGGAGCUCUGGACGUGGUUCGAGCCGUACCUGGAAGACCCGGAGGAGUUCAACGCGUCCGCCAACCCGAGCUUGAAGACGACCAUUGGAGAGUGGCUGAUCAGCCUGCUGGAGGAGAACAACUACUUCGGCACGAUUCUGCCGCGCAUCCCGAAGAAAAUUGAGGACGGGAUUAAAGUCAAGCUACUGCUGCUGUCCCGCAAGAAAGAGCGCGCGAAAGAAAACUUGGCCAUUGUGGAUCGCCUGAAACCGGGCACGAAAAUUCGCGCGAUGUACGCUGACGAAGAGAACGAGCCAGCGAUGUACGACGCUGUAAUUGACAAGGUCGAAGAGGGCAACCAAUUCUGGGUUUCGUUUCCGGCGUAUGGAAAUACAGAGAAAGUGAGUCUAGGUGACAUUGAAUUCGACAAGGGCAAACAACACAGGCGUCGUCGUAACCGCAGCCGCAGUCGUAGUCAAACGCGAAGCAAGACUAGCGGCGGGGAUAUCACGGGGGAUCUCUUGCAGCAAGUCCGCGAGCGUGAACGGCGUAAGGCUGAGGCAGUGGGGCGUGACUACGCCUCGCGUCCUGUGAGCUACAAGGGAUCUCUAUCGCUGAAGCUCGACCGCUGGACCACGCGGAAGCGCUCCCGUAGCCCCACGAAACGCGACGAAGUGGUAGUCGUCCAGCCAGGAAUGUCGACUGGCGAUGAGCGACCUCGCAGCAGAUCCCCUUCGCCUGGAAAAGCGCGCGAGGCCGAGGAGCGUCUCAAGAAGCUCCGCGCAAUGUACGGCGACGCAUCCGCGAAGCCCAAGGAGGAGUAGGCAAGAAGCGAGUACCAGCCAUGAAGGAGAGGGAGAAGGAGAGAAAGAAAGAGGGUACGUCGAGAGCGCUGCACCAAUAGCCUCCACAGUGCAUCAGUGAAUACAGAUCUGGAAAUGCGGCGCUG